UGCAUGUAGAGAACACAUUGACAUCCGUUCACAUAAAUCGAUAUUCAUAAUCACACUCGAGCACUACUUGGCAAGAGGGCGGAGCUCGUGUACAUUGAAAGAUGGCGUCCAGUCAGAAAUCCCUGAAGAGUGCGUUGAACAAUUUUAACAAAGACAAAGUGGAAAUAAAGAAGGAUGAUAUGACAGCGGCUACCAUCGUUAUGGAAGAGCUUAAGAAGGAUAUCUUCAGAUAUCUCAAAGGCCUUGGUGUUCCGAUGAGGCCGUUCGAGCUCAUGGGUAGCGUUUAUGAGGGAUUAAAAGUAAUCUUUGCUAAUGAAUUUGACUUGCUGAUGCCACUCGAUCUUUCCGAUUGUGAAUGGGACCUUGAGAACUUUAAUGAGGUAGCUACGAAAGCAGGCUAUUGGCGGUUGAAGCUUGGGAGAAAUAAGCAUGCUGCCGAGGUUCCAGUAAGCAAGAAUGAAUGGUGCAAGAGUUUGAGCAAGUACCUUGAUAAUGGCUACUUAUCUGCUGUCAAGAUUCGAAGGGCUUUUCAAAGCUUUCUUCAAAAGUGGAGCGAUCAAUAUAAGAAAUCUGCCGCGCCCAAGUACGAGAUUAAUGUUCGUCAGGGUGGACCAGCGGUUACCCUAAAUGUGGUAUAUGGGUCGGAUAGAAGGGAGCUAUGUAUAGAUUUUGUACCAGCAAUUGAUCUAAGACCCAUCGGGAUGCCUACAAAUGCGCUCGUUGUUGCAAAACCCCCUCCGAAGGUUUUACGUGGUGCAGACGUGGAGUCCCUUUGGCUUCAGUCAUACUGUCGAGAAGAAAAGGAAAGGAUGAACAAAAUCGACCAAGCUGACAACGGGUGCAGGAAGAAAUGUGUAAAGAUUCUGAAAACGAUUCGUUUACACAACAGCCAGAUGGGUGUCCUCAGCUCCUACGUAUUCAAAUCCAUACUAUUGAAAGUGUGCAAAGAUCGCAAAGCAGAACAUUGGGGCAGUGAUAGCUUGGCAGAUAGAUUCAUAGAUCUGCUAAAGGAGCUGCACUCGUGUCUGAAAACAAAGAAUUUACCCAGUCAGUUCAACUCAAAGGUCAAUAUUUUGGCAAGUUUAGAGGAUCCAGCAAUUCGCAACAUUGAGACGUAUCUAGCCAAGGUUAUCCAUAAGGAGUCAUACGUCAAUGAUUUGUUAACAUGUUCGGGAACUUGUAAAUAUUGCAAAGGACCCUCUGCUAAGAAAUGAAUGUAAUACAGUAAAACUAUUAUCUAUAGACGAAUGAAAUUUGUCGGUGAUGGACAUGGACAUUACGUUUAUAUAGGACAGGGUGCGAUUUUCUUUUUCAAGAAAUGGAAAGAUGUAUCGAUUAUUACUUGAACUUUACACUUUGAGAAUGUCACAUAAAGCAUACCAGCGAUUAAGCAAGGCGUCGAAAUAUUUCUGACACUUCAAUUUGAUUAUACCUUUCGUUUGAUCCAGCAAUUCAAAAGACAGAGAAAUCAUUACUAAAAUUGAAUUUCUUUAAAUUUUUUUCAUCCAUUUUCACAUCCAUUAAAAACAUAUUGUCAGCGUAUACAGUUAUAAAAAAGUAAAUUGGAA